GCAAAGGUUCUUACAAUUUCAUCUUCUUUUUCCUUUUUUUAUUAUUAUCUUUUGCAGUGCAGCCACAAUGGGAAACAGGAUGAGGCCCAUCCCAUCACCAUCAUCAAUAUCACCGCAGCCACGUGAUCUUCACUUAAAUAGAUCAACAUGCCACUCAUUUCACAUAAAGACAACAACAACCCUAAUCCAAUGCCUAAUUUUCCCAAGGUAGUACAAUUAUUACUGUACAAUUGAUCAAUUUAACCAAUAUCUUUGCACUUCCCUUCUUCUUCUCUUUAUUCUUGGACUGGGUUGUCACCUACGCCAAGAACUGGGUACAGUCGGAAUCCUUCCUUUUUGAUUUGAUCGAUUACUACUUUAUUCUUUCGUUUCCUUUAAUGGGUUCUUAUCUUAUUGGGGAUAAUAUUCUUUAAUGUAAAAUUAUUAAGGAAUCUUUUUGGUGGGUGUCCUGAUCUGUAUAUUUUAUUCCCAUGAUAUAUUAUGUUUUUUCUUUUUUUGGUAUGUAUGGCUAAAAGUUAGUUGAUCAAACUUUAGGAGAAUCAAGAAGUUACAUUAACGUAUAAAAGUGUUGUCCUAUAUGGUUAUUUUGGUAGCUAAUUGUCGAAGUUGGAGUUUUGAGGUGGUGAGAUGUGUAGUGAAGAUUAUUAAUAAUAAUAAUAGAGGGGGGAAAUGUUCUUUGGGUAUUCUUUGAUGCAAAGGAGUAAAGUAAAAUCUGAAUUAAAGUUUGGUAUGCUGGGCCGUUUAGGUAUUCGUAGAUAUCAGACAAAUUUCAAUUAUAUUUGCCGAAUUAGGAAUUCCAAGCUCAUGUUUCUACGAUCUCAAUUUGUAUUUAGUAUUUAUGGUGCUGGUAUUUGGACUGGUGCUUCCUGUUGCCAUUCUAGAUAUUUGCAGGUUUUAAGGUACAUGGUUCCCCCUUGUGUUUGAAGUUUGAGUAGGUUCAUGAAACUGAACAGCGUGACUUGUCUGAUUGGGGUACUUUGAUAAAAACAAGAAAAUUUAUUUGUUUUGAUUUCUAAAUUGAAGAUUUGGAGUAACAAUUGCAGGCAUCAUAAGAUUUGAAAUUUACUUUGAUCCUUAAAGAUCUUGAGUUAUUCCAACAUGGGCAGCAAUAAGACUAUUGUGUGGUUUAGGAGGGACCUUAGAAUUGAGGACAAUCCUGCAUUAGCUUCUGCAGCCAGGGAUGGUUGUGUGUUUCCUGUCUUUAUAUGGUGUCCUCAAGAAGAAGGGCAAUUCUACCCAGGUCGAGUUUCGAGGUGGUGGCUGAAGCAAUCUCUUGCCCACUUGGGACACUCCCUGAAUUCUCUUGGGGCUGAACUUGUAGUGAUCAAAACCCAUAGUACUCUUGCUGCUCUAUUGGAUUGCAUCAAUGCAAUUGGAGCAACAAGGGUAGUCUUCAAUCAUCUCUACGAUCCAGUAUCCCUUGUUCGUGAUCACAACAUCAAAGAAAAACUGGUGGAGGUUGGCAUUUCGGUGCAAAGCUAUAAUGGGGAUUUAUUGCUUGAGCCAUGGGAAGUAUAUGAUGAAAGUGGACAUGCUUUUGUGACAUUUGAUGCAUAUUGGGACAAGUGCUUGCACAUGCAGAUGGAACCUGUCUCACAUCUUCCUCCUUGGCGAUUGGUCCCAGUUGCAGGAGCUGUUGAGAAAUGUUCACUUGAGGAAUUGGGUCUUGAAAAUGAAGCAGAAAAAUCUAGCAAUUCCUUACUAGGAAGAGGAUGGUCCCCAGGCUGGAGCAAAGCUGAUAAGGCACUGGCUGAAUUUGUCGAACAGCAUCUAAUUGACUAUUCAAAGAAUAUGCUAAGGGUUGGAGGGAACUCUACAUCACUUUUGUCCCCAUAUCUUCAUUUUGGAGAAUUGAGUGUAAGGAAAGUUUUUCAAUGUGUGCAAAUGAAACGGUUGCUGUGGUUAAAAGAAGAGAACUCAGCAGGAAAAGAAAGUGUGACUCUGUUUCUUAGAUCCAUUGGAUUGAGGGAAUAUUCUCGUUACCUUUGUUUUAACUAUCCAUUCACUCAUGAGAGAUCAUUGCUGAGCAACUUAAAGUACUUUCCCUGGGACAUCAACCAGGCCCAUUUUAAGGCUUGGAGACAGGGACGAACUGGUUAUCCCUUAGUUGAUGCAGGAAUGCGGGAGCUUUGGGCAACUGGUUGGGUUCAUAAUAGAAUAAGAGUGAUUGUUUCGAGUUUUGCUGUAAAAGUUCUACUUCUUCCAUGGAGAUGGGGAAUGAAGUAUUUCUGGGACACACUUCUGGAUGCAGACUUGGAAAGUGAUAUCCUUGGUUGGCAAUACAUAUCCGGCAGCUUACCAGAUGGCCAUGAGCUUGAACGCUUGGAUAGCCCAGAGGUUCAAGGCUCAAAAUUUGAUCCAGAGGGUGAGUAUGUGAGACAGUGGCUGCCUGAGCUAGCAAGAGUGCCUACUGAGUGGAUCCAUCAUCCUUGGGAUGCACCCCUUAUUGUGCUUAAAGCUGCAGGGUUGGAAUUGGGCCAAAACUACCCAAAACCUAUAAUUGAAUUAGAUUUAGCUAGAGAACGGUUAACUGAAGCUAUAUUCAAGAUGUGGGAAAUGGAAGCCACUGCAAGGGCUUCGAACUCAGGUGGAACAAAUGAAGUAGUUGUUGAUAACACAGUUGGCACUGAAAAUUUGGCCAUUCCGAAGGUUUUAGUAAAGGAGAAAGUCCCUUGUCAUACUGAUUCAUCUAAUGAUCAGAAGGUUCCAACAGUUCAAAAACCCAAGAACUUUCCAGAUCAUAGGAAGAGAUCAAAGUACAUGGAAGAGGAAAUAAUCAAAAGACCAAAUCUAGAUAAACUGCAAAACCACAGUGGCAUAGAAGGGACCUCUAGAGCUGAAGAUGACUUGUGCUCUACUGCUGAAUCUUCAGCAGCUAAGAAGCAAGCCACCAGCAGAUGUUCUUUUUCUGUCCCUCAGUGUUGUUCCACAACAGAAAGCAAGCCUUUGUAUGAAUGUGAAUCAUCUGACCUCAAGCAGCCAUGGCAAGUACAAAUUGACGUGGAACAAAGUUCAAGCGAAGAUGUUGCCACGGGAACUUAAUGCCUAUAUUGAUCGCAAGUUGGUGAUGUACCAUAUGUGUGAUCAAGAAGAAGAACUACUCGGAGGGGAUACAUUCUGUAAUUUACUGUAGUGUAAUUUGACGUGACUGACCUGUAAGUUCUAUGUUUAAUGUGUAUGCUUCUUGGCUGAUUAUAUCUCCUUCCUUAGUUCCAGUUAUGGACAAGUGUAUGUAUGCAUAGAAUGUUUUCAUUAGAUAGCCCCAUAUAUUAUCAGCACAGACUCUGUAAAUAAAGGAAGCAACUUUUGUAUUUUCCAAUCAGCCCUUUUCUUUUACAUUAGUUGGAAUUAGAAUACGUAAACGAUGGUUAGAGACAAAA